CCCGCUGCCCCCAUGCCCCGCGCCUAGCGCCGCCCGCCCCGGCCAUGUCCGCCGCGGAGCUCUACACCAAGUACACUAGGGUUUGGAUUCCUGACCCUGAUGAAGUUUGGAGAUCGGCAGAAAUUAUCAAGGAUUACAAAGAGGGAGAUAAAAGCCUCCAGCUGAAACUUGAAGAUGAAACUCUCUACGAGUACCCCAUCAACCUGCAGGGGAACGAGCUGCCCUUCCUACGCAAUCCAGACAUCCUGGUGGGGCAGAAUGACCUGACAGCCCUCAGCUACCUGCACGAGCCUGCGGUGCUGCACAACCUCAAAGUCAGGUUCCUCGAGUCCAACCACAUCUACACCUACUGUGGUAUUGUGCUGGUGGCCAUCAACCCCUAUGAGCAGCUGCCAAUCUACGAGCAGGAUGUCAUCUACGCCUACAGCGGCCAGAACAUGGGGGACAUGGACCCCCACAUCUUCGCUGUGGCUGAGGAAGCCUACAAGCAGAUGGCCAGGGACGAGAAGAACCAGUCCAUCAUCGUCAGCGGGGAGUCGGGGGCGGGCAAGACGGUCUCUGCCAAAUACGCCAUGCGCUUCUUCGCCACCGUCGGGGGCUCCGCCAGCGAGACCAACAUCGAGGCCAAGGUCCUGGCCUCCAGCCCCAUCAUGGAGGCCAUUGGAAAUGCUAAAACAACAAGGAAUGACAACAGCAGCCGCUUUGGGAAAUACAUUCAGAUUGGCUUUGAUAAAGAAUACCACAUCAUUGGUGCCAACAUGAGGACGUAUCUGCUGGAAAAAUCUCGGGUUGUAUUUCAGGCAGAAGAUGAACGCAACUACCACAUCUUCUAUCAGCUCUGUGCCUCCUCAAGCCUCCCGGAAUUCAAAGAGCUUGGACUCACAUGUGCCGAAGACUUUUUCUACACUUCUCAGGGAGGGGACACGUCCAUCGAUGGCGUGGACGAUGCUGAUGACUUUGAGAAAACCAGGCAUGCCUUCACCCUGCUCGGAGUGAAGGAGUCUCAUCAGAUGACCAUUUUUAGGAUAAUUGCUGCCAUUCUGCACCUGGGGAACUUGGAGAUCCAAGGGGAGCGAGAUGGGGAAGCCUGCAGUGUGUCGGGCGAGGACGAGCACCUGAGCAGCUUCUGCAGCCUGCUGGGCGUGGAGCAGAGCCAGAUGCAGCACUGGCUGUGCCACCGCAAGCUCGUCACCACGGCCGAGACCUACGUGAAGAGCAUGACCCUGCACCAGGUGGUGAACGCCAGGAACGCCCUGGCCAAGCACAUCUAUGCCCAGCUCUUCAGCUGGAUCGUGCAGCACGUCAACAAGGCCCUGCACAGCACGGUGGGGCAGCACUCCUUCAUCGGCGUGCUCGACAUCUACGGGUUUGAAACUUUUGAAGUGAAUAGCUUUGAACAGUUCUGCAUCAACUAUGCCAACGAAAAGCUCCAGCAGCAGUUCAACUCGCACGUGUUCAAGCUGGAACAGGAGGAGUACAUGAAGGAGGGGAUCCCUUGGACUCUCAUAGAUUUCUACGACAACCAGCCCUGCAUAGACCUGAUAGAGGCCAAGCUGGGGAUCCUGGACCUGCUGGAUGAGGAGUGCAAGGUGCCCAAGGGCACGGACCAGAACUGGGUGCAGAAGCUGUACGACCGCCACGCCGCCAGCCAGCACUUCCAGAAACCUCGCAUGUCCAACACCUCCUUCAUCGUCCUGCACUUUGCUGACAAGGUGGAGUACCAGAGCGAGGGGUUUCUGGAGAAGAACAGGGACACCGUGUACGAGGAGCAGAUCAACAUCCUGAAAGCCAGCAAGUAUCAGAUGGUAGCAGACUUGUUCCAGGAAGAGGGUGCUGUGCCCGCUGCUGCCCUGCGGAAGGGAACGCCCCGGAUCAAAGUCCGCUCUGCCAGCCCAGCCUUCAAAGCUGCCAACAAGGAGCACAGGAAAACCGUGGGGCACCAGUUCCGUAACUCCCUGCAGCUGCUGAUGGAGACCCUGAACGCCACCACCCCGCACUACGUGCGCUGCAUCAAGCCCAACGACGAGAAACUCCCCUUCAAGUUUGAUCCCAAGAGAGCAGUGCAGCAGCUGAGAGCCUGCGGGGUGCUGGAGACCAUCCGGAUCAGCGCAGCUGGCUUCCCAUCCAGGUGGUCCUACCCUGACUUUUUCGACAGGUACCGUGUGCUUAUGAACAAGAGAGACCUCUCCAAGAACGACAAGAAGCAAAUCUGUCAGACCCUGUUGGAAGAUCUCAUCAAGGAUCCAGACAAGUUCCAGUUUGGCCGUACCAAGAUCUUUUUCCGUGCAGGCCAGGUGGCAUAUCUGGAGAAACUGAGGGCUGAUAAGUUCAGAGCUGCCACCAUCAUGAUCCAGAAGACAGUGCGGGGCUGGCUGCAGAGGGCCAAGUACCAGAGGCUGAGACGAGCCACCCUCGCCCUGCAGCGCUAUGCCCGCGGGCACCUGGCGCGCAGGCUUUAUGAGAACCUGAGGAGGACGAGGGCUGCCAUCAUCUUGCAGAAGCAGUACCGAAUGGUGCGGAUGCGCCGGGCUUUCCUGAGGGUCCGCAACGCCACCAUCACCAUCCAGGCUUUUGCUCGGGGCAUGUUUGUCAGGAGGAUUUACCGCCAGAUGCUGAUGGAGCACAAAGCCACCAUCCUGCAGAAGUUCGCCCGGGGCUGGCUGGCUCGCGUGCGGCUCCGCCGGGCCCGGGCCGCCGCCGUGGUGCUGCAGUGCCACUGGCGCCGCCUCCAGGCCCGGCGCCAGCUCAAGGCCCUCCGCAUCGAGGCACGCUCGGCACAGCACCUCAAGAAGCUCAACAUCGGCAUGGAGAACAAGGUGGUGCAGCUGCAGAGGAAGGUGGAUGAGCAGAACAAGGAGAACAAGCUUCUGAAUGAGCAGCUGUCCAUGCUGACAUCAGCCCACUCCUCCGAGGUGGAGAAGCUGAAGAAGGAGCUGCAGGAGUACCAGCAGAGCCAGCGGGGUGAGGGCAACCAGCUCCUGAGCCUGCAGGAGGAGAUGGAGCGGCUGCGGAUGGAGCUGGAGAGGGCUCACGGGGAGAGGGAGGUCAUGGAGGACAGCCACGGCAAGGAGAGGGACCUGCUGAGGAAGCGUAUCUCCGACCUGGAAGAAGAAAACACUCUCCUGAAGCAGGAAAAAGAGGAGCUGAACAGCAGGAUUCUCUGUCAGUCUGAAGAUGAAUUUGCACGAAACACAGUUGAGGAAAAUAUCCAGUUGAAGAAAGAGCUGGAAGAAGAUAGAUCUCGUUAUCAGAACCUGAUAAAAGAGUAUGCAAGUCUGGAGCAGAGAUACGACAGGUUGAUGGAUGAAAUUACCAUUAUUAAGCAAACACCAGGGCACAGGAGAAACCCAUCCAACCAGAGCAGCUUGGAGUCUGAUUCCAAUAACCCAUCCAUCUGCACCUCUGAGAUCGGGGACACCGAGGAUGUGAUACAGCAGGUGGAGGAGAUUGGGAUGGAGAAAGCAGCCAUGGACAUGACUCUCUUCCUAAAGCUGCAGAAGCGAGUGAGGGAGCUUGAGCUGGAGAGGAAGAAGCUGCAAACCCAGCUGGAGAAAAAGGAGCAAGAGAGCAAGAAAUCCCAGGUAGUUGAAACAAAGACUGAAGCGACUUCAGAACAUGAAGAUUUUGCAUACAACAGCUUGAAGAGGCAAGAGCUGGAGUCAGAGAACAAGAAGCUGAAAAAUGAGCUGAAUGAGCUGAGGAAGGCCAUUGCAGACCAUGCCACACAGAACAACUCCUCCAACAACGUGCAGGACAGCUACAACCUCCUUCUGAACCAGCUGAAAUCGGCCAACGAGGAGCUGGAGGUGCGCAAGGAGGAGGUGCUCAUCCUCAGGUCGCAGAUCAUGAAGGCAGCACAGCAGAAGGAGACUGGGAAAAACAUGGAGAGAAUCUCCUCCAGUGCUGGCUGGCCCAGCAGUGACCGGCCCAUUGACCAGGAGGACGCGAUCGAAGCCUACCAGGGCGUGUGCGAGACCAACCGCAAGACUGAGGACUGGGGGUAUCUCAAUGAAGAUGGAGAGCUCGGCUUGGCUUAUCAAGGUUUAAAGCAAGUUGCCAGGCUGCUGGAAGAACAGCUUCAGAACCAGAGAAGGGAGCAUGAGGAGGAGAUGGAAGCUCUGAAAAACCAGGUGGAUUCAAUGCAAGAGGAGCUGGAGAAGCAGCAGCAGGCACUCCUGCAGACUCUGCAGCUCUCUCCAGAGGUCCAGGUGGAGUUAGGACUUCAGCAAGAAAUCACACGUCUGACCAAUGAAAACCUGGAUCUUAAGGAAUUGCUGGAAAAGUUGGAAAAUAAUGAAAAGAAGCUGAAGAAGCAGCUGAAGAUUUACAUGAAGAAGGUCCAAGAUUUUGAAGCAUCCCAGACAGUGGUGCCAGUGGAGAGGAGAUCGCACAAGCGGAACAUGCAGGUUGCUGUCCAGAGGAAGGAGAAGGAUUUUCAGGGCAUGCUGGAAUAUUACAAAGAGGAUGAGCCACUCCUCAUCCGAAACCUCAUUACAGAUCUCAAGCCCCAGGCAGUGUCUGCUACUGUUCCCUGCCUUCCUGCUUACAUCCUUUUCAUGUGCAUCAGACACGCAGAUUACAUCAAUGAUGACCAGAAGGUGCACUCCUUGCUCACCUCCACCAUCAACGGCAUUAAGAAAGUGCUGAAGAAGCACCAUGAUGACUUUGAGAUGACAUCGUUCUGGCUGGCAAACACGUGCAGGCUCCUGCACUGCCUGAAGCAGUACAGCGGGGAAGAGGCUUUCAUGACCCAAAACACGGCCAAGCAGAAUGAGCACUGCCUGAAGAACUUCGACCUGACCGAGUACCGCCAGGUGCUGGGCCACCUCUCCAUCCAGAACUACCAGCAGCUCAUCAACAUUGCCGAGGGCAUCCUGCAGCCCAUGAUCGUGUCUGCUGUGCUGGAAAACGAGAGUAUCCAAGGGCUUUCCAGUGUCAAACCGAUGGGCUACAGGAAAUACUCCUCCAACUCGGGAGAAGGUGACAACUCGUACAGCUUGGAUGAAAUGAUUCGCCAGCUGAACUCAUUCCACAGCAUCAUGUGUGACCAGGGCCUGGACCCAGAGAUCAUCCAGCAGGUGUUCAAGCAGCUCUUCUACAUGAUCAAUGCCGUGGCCCUGAACAACCUCCUGCUGAGGAAGGAUGUCUGCUCGUGGAGCACGGGCAUGCAGCUGAGGUUUAACAUAAGCCAGCUGGAGGAAUGGCUGCGUGGGAAGAACCUGCAGCAGAGUGGAGCAGCACAAACUUUGGAGCCCUUGAUUCAGGCAGCACAGCUCCUGCAGCUGAAAAAGAAAACCUCAGAGGAUGCCGAGGCCAUCUGCUCCUUGUGCACGUCGCUCACGACCCAGCAGAUUGUAAAGAUACUUAAUCUCUACACUCCUGUGAAUGAGUUUGAAGAACGUGUGACAGUAGCUUUCAUACGAAACAUACAGAAGCAGUUGCAAGAGCGGAAUGACCCUCCACAGCUGCUGUUAGACUUCAAGCACAUGUUCCCAGUUCUAUUCCCAUUCAACCCAUCUGCCAUCACCAUGGACUCCAUUCAUCUCCCUGCUUCUCUCAACCUGGAUUUUCUCAAUAAAGUCUGAAGAAAGUAGAAUUAAGUUCACCUCUCACACCCAGAGACUUGCACCAACAAAAGAAAAAAAUCAUAAAAAGAAUUCAAGAAUUCUUUAAAUAUGGACCAAACAGGCUUAGGGAAGAACCAGUACACAGUAACAAAUGGAUGCUAAAAUGUACACUAAAAACGACACUGGUCUGUAUGUGAUUUUUUAUUUUUUUGGUAAUUUGCAGCUCAGAAAUAAGGAUACUUGAAAAAUAGAUUUAUUUUUUACUGCUUGAUUUUAUGUUGACAUAGCUCAAAGCCCAUAAUCAUCUCCAAAAGCCACUAACAAAAGAGGAUGGAAGUGGGAGACAGCUUAUUUUGAUCUUCAUAGGUGUCUUAUGACAAAAACAAAAUCUGAGACGCUUGUGCUGCCUUGAAGGAUGUGUCAUUUGUCUAGUAGCAGAUGGUGUUGUGUGUAUGAUAACAGAACAUGCAGUUCUGUGAAUUGAAAAGGUAAAUUGCAGCAGGUAUGUAUUUAUCACACCAUAAAGGUAACAGGGCUGGAAUGCUGCUUGUUUCCACUGAUGGGGAAUUUGUCAAAUUGUAGGUUUGAGAAAUGCUGUUGCUCCUCCUAAAUACAUUCAGUGCAUCUGCUUUGUGGGCAUUGAAAUAAAUUGGCAGGACUUUGUUCCAUUGGACUUUCUUACAUUACCAAAUUUAAGUUAGGAAAGGUUUUGUCCCUAGUGAAAUAAUCAUGAUGCAAAGGACUGCCUUAAGCCUUCUGUUUCUGGUAUGGCAUCAUCCUGAUCCCUACUGUUGGCUUUCCUUGUGCUUUCAAGUGUCAAACAUUUUCAUCCAGUGGCUGUCAAGGUUCUUGGACCUCUUACAUGGCCAGUAUCAGAAUCCCAUGCAUAGAUCAUGCUAAGGCAAUCCAGUUUAAUCAUCCAGCCCUACCUGUGUUCAGUGGGUUAAUCCUAGCUGUAGCUGUCUAUGGAAAAACUCCAUUCAGUUCAGUAGCCAAAUGUUAAGAAUCAUGCAAAUACACAGCUUGGAUAAAUGAAUAUUUUUAAAAUUUUAGAAGUUCUAAAAGACAUGAGA